GCUGCCGCUGCUCCGGGGGGGCGAGGCGGCAGGUGCGCGGCCGCGAGGGGCUCUGCGGGCUGGCAUCGGAGCCUGCGGAAGGAAGGGGCUCUGGCGGCCCUUUUGAAGCUGGCUGUGCCUAACCUCGACAGUGUUGACUUCCCCCCCGCCCCCCGCCAGACUCCAAAGAGAAGGGGAAAGGGUUCUGGCACCGGCCUCACUUUGGAGGCCGGGGGAAGGAGGCUGGGCCUCUGGCCUGGAGGAUAGCGUGACCCCGUCCAGGCACAGUUAACAUGUUUGGACUUUGUUCAUGUUUAGGAUUGGGCCUGCUGCCGGAGGAAGACGCUGGAGUGAUGUUGAAGCUGGAAUUGUUGAAUGAAUAUCCGUGAGUCACGGAUAAGGCCCGUAAUAAGGCAGUAUUUGCGAAUCGCACCGUGGGUGACGGUGCGACUAGUUUUACUGGUAAACUGAGGCAUUUGAUUAGUGCUGCCUGAGGAUUUGAGGAUCAUUUGGACAAAUGUCCACUUGAAAGAGAAGGGAGGGUGGCUUCCCAACACCCAAAGUUUGCUUUCGGAUACAGUUGUUGAACCUAUCUAUAGUUCCCAUACGGGCUUAAUUUUCAAGGUAUUAUUGAGUGUAGUUUUUAUGAAUCAAGUCCUGUCCCUGUGGUAGGUCUCUUAAUUUUAUUGUGUUACGAAUGGUACAGUAGGCAUUCUCAGGUGUAAGGUUUGUAGUUUGGCCAUACAUUCAUUACCAAAACUUUCCAGUCCCGUUAGUAGGUUUUUUUGGGUUACUUUUGGGUUUUUCAUCAGCAAAAUAGUUCCAUUUAAAAAUUGUGUAACAAGAAAUGGACUCUCAAUUUACUAACGAUAAAUACUUCUUUAAUGGUAAAAUCAUUUGGCCAUGUUAGAAAACACGUUUUUGGAAGAAGACAUCUGGGAAUAUAAGUCUAAAAGAAAACCAAAGCCAGUACAUCCAAAUAGUUGCUCUGAAAAUAUUCCAAAAUCUGUUGAAAAAGCAACAUAUGGAAACUACCAGUCAAAACGGAAAAGAAAGGAAAAGAAAGCUGGAGAAGAGAAAGGAAAGGUGAAGGACCAUGAAAUGUGCCUUGGAGAAGCAGAUUGUAAGACUUCGGGAGCUUCUAGUCAGAGCUGGAGUUGCAGAGAUGGGACACAGCCGUCCCAAGACAAAGAGACUACACCCAGAAAGCAAGGUAGAGCUCCCAAAAGCAAGCAGGUGUCCCCGAAGAUACGUCCAGUUUAUGAUGGAUACUGUCCAAGCUGCCAGAUGCCCUUCUCCUCCUUGCUAGGACAAACACCUCAAUGGCAUGUUUUUGAAUGUUUGGACUCUACAACAGUCUCCAACAUAGAGUGUCCUGAUGGUGCCCGAUGUACUUCAACAUUUCCUUCUCAUUAUAAGAAAUAUACUCACCUCCUGCUUGCUCAAAGUAGGGCUAGCAGUGAGCCGUUUAGCAGUCCGCCACCUGCAUCAGGCUGGAGUGUCAGUGAGACUAAGCCAAGCUAUUCUUGUAACCUUGAGGAAAGAUGGUUUUUACAUCCGAAGUCACCAGAGAACUUUAAAAAUGCUUCAGAUGAUUCUUUGUUGAUGACCCAGUGUCUAAAAAAGUCUCAACCUCCACUUGAAACCAACAAAAAGAUUACCUCUUCUCAAAAGUUACAACAAGUUCUACAGUCUACAGAAUUUGUUAAGAAAGACAAACUGGUAGGAGUUGGUUUGCCUCUUGCUGAGGAAUUAGAUGGCCAAAGCAACUCACAAUGCACAAACUUGUCAUUGCCAGAAAAUGACUUUGGCAGCUGUGAAAUCUCCUAUUCUCCGCUUCAGAGUGACGAAGAAACUUAUGCUAUAGAUGAAAAGCUGGAUGAUUCACAACAGGAACUGUUUUUUACUGAAAGUUCUAAAGAUGACAGCCUGGAAUAUGAGGACCUCUCUAUUGCAUUUAAAAGACCCGGUGGUCCCUUCCUGAAGAAUGCAGAGGAGCAUCGCCCUGAAGUGAAUAGCUUCUUCACUCAAAAUAAGUAUAAUGAACUGUUAAAGUGCAGAGUUCUAAAUGAUUUUCCUCAACUUUUCUCCCAAACUGAGAGCAGUGUUUCAGACGAUAAGUCCUCAUAUACUGAUGGUCAUUUUCUGUUGUUUGCACCUGCAUUAACAGGGGAGCUUCCUGCUUCUAAUUAUCAAACUACUAAAGCAAACCCUGAUGAACCACAAUUUCCUGCAUCUCAAUCAAAUAAGCAGAAACAGGUAAUUGAAGAAUCAGCUGUUUGCAGUCAAGUUUCUCUGCCCUUACUUAAGAGUGAGAUGUCAAAACCUCUUGAAAGCUGGGGAGGAAAGGGUCUCUCUUUCCCUCCAACCCAAAGUCAAAUGAGAGAAUUAUCAAGUGAGAACUUCUGUGCUAAGAACAGUAGUAACUCAGAAUGUGUCUGCAGAAAGGCCUUAUGUGGUAUGCUAGAUGGUAAAGUUAAAAUUUUAAAUACAGAAACAGUUUCCACUACACCUACUGCUGCUAAGUCCUCGAAAAUAUUGCCCUCAGGUUCUAAGUGCAGUGCAAGCCAUUCUUCUGCCAAGGGAAUGAAGCAAAUGGAUAUAGGUGUGUAUUUUGGACUACCACCCAAAAGAAGAGAAGAGAAGUCACUCAGGGACAGUGCAUUGAAAGGGAUGAACUUAGAUCCAGUUGUAAGUCCCAAGAAAAAGAGGUCCCAGCCUUGCAAGAGGAAAGCAGAAAAUUCUUUAAGUGAUUUAGAGUUUGAUGCAAAGAACUUAAAUGAGAGUCAGUGCUCUGUCGAACUCACUUGGGAGAGGUCACAGCGGCAAAGAAAAAGACAGAAAAAAUCAAAUUCCCCACAGAAAGGAGCACAUCAGAAGAGGUCACAUCACCUUAAUAACAAUACAGAAUCUGAAACAGUCAUAAGUAAAGACAAAGUCUUCAUAAAAUCAGCUCACAGCAGGCUGCAAAGAGGGAACGUGAGAAUUUCAGGAUCAUCUGAUGCAGGGGAAUUAAGAAAAAAGAGGUGUCCGUUCUAUAAGAGGAUACCUGGUACUAGCUUUACGGUUGAUGCCUUUCAGUAUGGCGUGGUGGAAGGUUGCACGGCCUACUUCCUCACACACUUCCAUUCUGAUCAUUACGCAGGGUUGUCUAGAAACUUCACAUUUCCAGUUUAUUGCAGUGAGGUUACUGGCAAUUUGUUGAAGAACAAGCUUCAUGUGCAGGAACAAUAUAUCCAUCCACUGCCAAUGGACACUGAGUGUAUAGUGAAUGGUGUGAAGGUUGUUUUGCUUGAUGCCAAUCAUUGUCCAGGUGCAGCCAUGAUCCUCUUCUGUCUUCCUAAUGGUGCCGUCAUAUUACACACUGGAGACUUCAGAGCAGAUCCCAGCAUGGAACGUUCUCUUCUUGCAGGCCAGAAAGUCCACAUGCUAUACCUAGACACCACGUAUUGUAGCCCAGAAUACACCUUUCCGUCUCAGCAAGAGGUUAUCCAGUUUGCCAUCAAUGCUGCAUUUGAGGCUGUAACUCUAAACCCACGUGCUCUUGUUGUCUGUGGCACUUACUGUAUUGGAAAAGAGAAAGUCUUCCUGGCCAUUGCUGAUGUUUUGGGUUCAAAAGUGGGCAUGUCCCAAGAAAAAUAUAAAACAUUACAGUGCCUCAAUAUACCCGAAAUUAAUUCCCUCAUCACUACAGACAUGUGCCGUUCUUCAGUUCACCUUCUGCCAAUGAUGCAGAUUAAUUUUAAGGGUUUACGAAGUCAUUUAAAGAAGUGUGGUGGUCAAUAUGAUCAGAUUCUGGCUUUUCGACCUACAGGAUGGACACACUCUAGCAAGUUCAGUAGGAUAACAGAUAUUACUCCCCAGACCAAAGGAAAUAUUUCAAUAUAUGGAAUUCCUUACAGUGAACAUAGCAGCUAUCUAGAGAUGAAACGUUUUGUCCAGUGGCUGAAGCCCCAGAAAAUCAUACCUACUGUAAAUGUUGGCACCUGGAGGUCUCGGAGCACAAUGGAGGAGUAUUUCAAAGAGUGGAGACUAGAAGCCAGAUACUGAGGACACCACAGACAACCCAGUAGUAGUUAAGUAAUGGGUGUAGCCUGUUAGCAGUUAAAUCUAUAGGGAUAUAAAAUACGCUUUAUGGUAACAACCUCAUGAAGAUGGCUCGUCUGGUUUAUUUUCUCAUUUAUGUUUGCAUAAUGUGUUAGUGGUGCUGAACACCUCUCAGCAUCAUCAGCAAUAGCUGAGUAUCCUUCAUUUCUUGUCAUUCUCUUCAUGGAGGUGCUUAUAUUCUGCAUCAGGCCUUAGGGGAGGAAACAACGACAGGUCUGUGGACCAAAAGGAUUCAUGGUAAUGCAUAAACUAGACUAGAAGCAUUAUGUAUAAGUAAUUAUGUACCUUUAAAAUUAUGAAAUUUUAUAUAAUACAUAUUCUUUAAUAAAAUUAAUAUAAAACUUGCUAUUGUAGCUUUUGGUGGUUUUGUUGUUUUGUUUUCUUUUCAGUAGACUAUUUUUAACAGUUUUAGGUUCAAGCAAAAUUGUGCAGAAAGUAGAAAGUUCCACAGACCCCCUUCCCCAUAUACAU